AUAAGCUGCAGCUUCCCAAUUUAAAGAAUGAAGUUAAACAUGUAACAACUUCUCCCAUGCGCUCUCCAGUUAAUCAGUCGAUGCUUCUUCCCAAACAAUCGUCUACUUCAGCUACAGGUAGGUGGGGAGUAUGAUUAAAAACGCUACGGUCGCAAUCAACAUGCAUGAAUUAAAAUUAAAGCAUAUGCUACGAAAACCGAUACCACUUUCACCAUCAACAGAAUGCGGUGCGGUGCGAUCUUUGACCGCAAUAAUUUCAUUUUACAUUUUUCUUCUUAAACAAUUUGUCCACAUGCAUCAAGCAAGUUUAAAUUUGAAGUAUGUUCUUUGAAAACAAAAAUACAACAGCUCGUCACACAAACAUCUCUUUGAUCUUUGUCAUCCUGACUUCUACGCUUCAGUAGGUAGUAGUAAAAAAAAUAACCACCUCCGCUUGAUGAUGCUUUUGUUGCAUUCUGACUUCCGCCCGUUCCAGUGUACCAAUGUACUUCAGUGCAAAUGAAUAUUUCAACAGACAGGCAGUGAAAAUCGAAACCCACCCCCGCCCCAAUCCCCGUCCACGUCAUGACGCACGCGAAGCUUUUCAUUGAUAAAACCUUCAAACGUGGUUCAUGUAAAGUGAGCGGGAAAUUAUAUGUACAUGUGAAAAAUCAGCAUGAGAACGCUUUUUGACGAGAGCAACCACAACAUGCAGCCUCUCUCUCACCUGUUCAUGUAUAAAAAGCUUCUCACGGAAUUAAACCAAGAAAGACGUUUUUGUUGCGUCCCAAUGUGGUGGCUCUCACGUUUCGGCAGAACGGAUGGUGCUCGGCAGGAAAAUUUUCGACUAGCUUUCAGUUUUUCUUGCGACGGACGGUCGACACGAUGCACUCGGCGAGCGUCUGUGCUGUACGAGUCGCGAAAAAUCGGUUCGAUCGAAUAUUCUGUGUACAGCACAAUGGUGGCAAUGGUGGUGCUGAUAGCUUCCAGUAGUUGGCAACCAUCGUGCACUGUCGAUGGUACGAAGAGUGUUACCAUACAGCAAGUAAAACAAUAUCAGAAAAAACACAACCCAUAAACCUAUGGGCCUUGUGUAAAUUUCAAUCCGCUCGGGAAGUGUAGUGUUUGUUUGGUUUUUUUUUUGUUAUUGCCUUGCCCUGCGAACACUACGGUUGUACAAUGAUGUCCUUCAGCCUACGUUUUAUUAAUAAUCAUUCAACUAACCAAAUGAAUGUACAUUAUCCAUGACUAAUAACCAAUAGUGGCUAAUGAUAAACCAUAUCGAGAAACGCGUGCAGUGAAAUCAGGUUUCUCACAAGCGUACCGAUUAAGUGUGUAGUUUCGGUGGCAAACAACGGUAUGCAAACGCUACUUCUUAGCCAUCGAAACCGAUCAAUGUCGCUGGAAAACCGUUUUGGGCAGGAAUUGAAGCGGAAUCUAACCAUCCGAAGCAACCGCGCUUCGUCAGUAUCACCAAGGCGGAAAUGUGUAGCGUAUCUGAAACGUCCGUCGUUUGAAAAUCGAUCGAACCGCCGGUUUCUCUAUCGCUAGGCAUCGUACCAAGCCACACCAUGAUCGAAACCGCGUCAGCAUUGAUGGGUGAACAACACGCGUAUCGCUGACACUUCGUCACCUCUCCUGACGCCUGGUGAUUGUGGUGAAAAUUGCUAUCCUUUCACCUUCGGUCUCCGGGCAGGCAACAGUAUCUCGGCACAGGCGAAUGAUGAAUUUGUGUGGCUGGCUGAAGACAUUUAAACGCAAGGGAAAAAAUGCAGUCGGCACGAGCGGGGCAGAAGACGAAGCUGUGGACGAAAUGGCGCCACAGGGGGAAAGCGAAAUUGGCGAACGGUCAACGAGCGGGAAACGUGCUAAUGGUGGAAGCCGUUUCGGUGGGGGCUGGGGAAGGAAAAUUAAAAGUGUCACUAAACUGGCGACCAGUGAACGAAUUAACGGCCAGCGGGAAGGCACACCGCGGGCGAAGGAAACCGAUUCGUGCGAGAAUGACAUCGCCGAGGAAGCUGUUGUCGAAUGUGAUGAUGAAGGCAACCCUCGGAACAAAACCGCACUGAAGCCGGGUCAUUCGUUGAUGGACUGGAUCCGGCUGGGCAACUCGGGCACCGAUCUGUCCGGCACCGGGGGUCGUGUUGUACCGGUCAGCCAUACCGAACUCGCCAAGCAUGAUCGGCCUGAAGACGCCUGGAUGGCUAUCCGGGGGAAGGUGUACAACGUGACGCGAUACAUGAACUUUCAUCCCGGAGGUGCCGAAGAGCUGAUGCGAGGAGCCGGCAAGGAUGCGACGCGACUGUUCGAGGAGGUACACGCUUGGGUGAACUACGAAUCCCUGCUAGCGAAGUGCUACAUCGGUCCGCUCCGUAAUACAGUUACCAUCAAUCUAGCCGACAGCACUAAUCCGAACAGUAAGCUCCCACCGCCACCACCGUCGUGGACUGCGAAAGCUUCCAAGUCUGGGCCCUCCUCGAACGUUACGGCCACCACUACCAUCACCUCGCCCACACCAUCCGGCAAGGAUACGCUUGAUACUGCCCCAAUAUCACCGCCACCCUUAUCGAUCGUCAGCUCGGCCAGUGACGAUUCGCUUAAGCUGUCCGUACCGAUCGUGCCACGUUUUGACUGGAUACAGAAAACGUCCGAACUGACGCUUAUCUUCUACACCCGUUCGCUUGCCAAUCCGGGCAUAAUGGUGGAGUGUGUGGACCAUCUCGAGGUGACAGUUAACAUUUUGGUCGAAUCGAGCGUACAGCAUCGGUACCGUUUCCAUCUAGCCAACAACGUACGGUGGCCCUGCACUGCCCGCACAUCGCUCGAGUCGGGCAAAGUAGAGCUAAUAUUUAACAAACUUUGUCCCGCGCUUUGGACCAGCUACGGUAUGAUGACGUACGAGCGGCGUGAAAAUUGUGAACUGCAACUGCACGAAUACGAUGUGGCGACGCGGAUUGAAAUUACGCACGAUUCGUGCGCUUUAUUGUUGCGUCCGAAAAACAACAGCUUACUGCAAGUUACACCGGUUGGCUAUCACGUAUCCGUUUCCGCUUCUAUCGAGGGUGAAUACGUGUCGCGAAGUUACACACCCGUUCCGGCCAGCUGCGUCGGUACGGAUUGUCCGGGAACGUUUAUACCGCUGCUUGUAAAAUCCUACCCGGACGGAUGUUUAUCGAAGCAUCUUACACGGCCGGUACCGCUCGGUACAUCGCUGCAGGUGUCCCAACCGAGUGGAAACUUCCUGCUAAGCAAAUUGCGACAUCACAAUCGAUUUGCGCUGCUGGCUGCCGGCAGUGGACUGACCCCAAUGCUCGCCUUACUGCACUAUCUGCUCGAACGGAACAGCAAUCGGAUAGAACACAUCUGUUUGCUGUACUUCAACAAAACCGAAGCGGAUAUCUGGUGCCGAGAGAUGCUGGAAAAUUUAUGCAAAAAGGACAAAAGAUUCACCCUGAGACAUUACUUAUCGGAGGUAGAACUUGCGGACGGCAGCGACGGUGGUACGACGAGUGUGGAAAAUCAUUCGACCUUCGUCCAUGGUCGCGUGACGCCGGACAUCAUCCGUCAGCUGACGACAAAGGAUUCACCCCUGUACGCCACCUACUGUUGCCUGUGCGGACCGAAACCAUUCAACGAGCUGUGCCAGCAGUACUUCCAACAGAUGGACGACCAUAAUCCGAAGCAUCUGCACUGUUUUCAGGGUUAGGCAAAUAAAAGAGAGAGAGAGAGAGUGAGUGAGUGAGAAUGGAAAAAAACCAUACCCCAACAAACUCCCGCAUGUGUACGACAUUGUGAUAGAACCAUUACAACAACAUCCACAACAUACGGCGUUAGUACUCCCGUACUCUACUGAUGCUGAUACGGCACGAAGAGAUAUCCCGAAACCGAAUUCGUAGCAAAAACAAAAAAAAACCGAUAGAAAAAGAGUUUCAGUACGCACCAAAUAGUUUGUUAGCGAAGCCGUGUGUGUGCACACCGAAAAUGUGUAGAAAGAAAAGCUUUAUGCACCUACAACAAACAGCACGUAGAGAGGCUCUUAGAGAGAACAAAACCAAGGGCACAAUUUCAGGCACACGUUUAGAAGCUUUCUCGUUUCCUUUCAAACAAACAAACAAACAAACCAAACUGCACCACCAAAGUUUGUUGUUGGCGAAAAUUAAGCGAUCAAGGAAGAGAAGUGAAUGUUCCUGAUGUGUAACAAUUAUCCCCGUUUUUUGGAACAGAUAAUUACCGUGCGAAGAGCGAUGCAAUGGAAACAGUUUUAUUUCUUAAAAAAACACACACACGCCUACGUACGCGUUUGCGUAUGCAAAGUACAGGUUGUUUUUUUUUUAUAACCCAAGAAAAACCCUCUUUAGAUGCAUUUUUUAAAAGUGUUGAGUAAGUACUUAAGGCCUUGUUUUUUUUUUGUAUUGAACCCCUUCCCGCCCCGGAAAAGAAGAGCAAUGGUACUGAUUGUUAUUCGUAAGCGUAUUGUACCCACUGUGUUAAUGAAGAAAGAAAUAGUAAAAAGAAAAUAAUACGAAUGUUAGGGUACAGGAAAAAUAGGAGGGGUUUUUAAUAUUCCUUCUUUAAGCCACAUCUUAUUGGGGUGGGGGAUUGGGAUAAGGGUAGGAAUAAAAGGGGAGAAAAGGAAAAGAAUAAGUGUAUAGUAAUAUAGUAAAAAAAAAAAUACAAGAAAUCGAGAUGUCUAUUUUCAAAAUGAACAAAACCUGUCUGUGUGUUUGUUAUUUUUCUUUCUUUAUUGCUUUGAAAUUAAGUGACCCGAAAAGAAGAAAGAUUUUUUUUUGUUUUUACAUAUUUUUUUUCAUGUUUCGUUUCGUCAUUCUGUAAGGUUGUCUGAAAAUAUUGUUGGGUUUGGGUGUGUAUUUUAGAAAGCGAUGCACUUAAACGAAAAAUUGCACCAUGAUGAAUCUU